UUUUGCUCUGGUUUUGCCGGCCGCUUUAUUUUGUUGCUGCAGCUCUCAUUUCGACAUUUGGGGAUGUCUUCGUCCGACACGUCUCACAGAUCCGGAAAAUUAGGCAACGAUCCGGAUGAAGAUGAAAAUUCUUUGAAGUCAUUGCAUUUUAAUAAUGAUAGCAACAUCAAUACAUUGGAUUGUUCUGGUAGAGAGAUCAUACCCCAGUUUGCUCGCUACAUACCGAACCUACUUAACACGUUCGAUUUUAUCAAGCAAGUUGGUUCAGGUACAUUCAGUUUAGUAUAUCUGGCUUCGUUAAAACGGCACCCAGAGGUAAAAUUUGCCCUGAAAUAUAUUCUGCCAACAAGCCAUCCAUCCAGAACUGAAAAUGAAUUAAGAUGUCUCAAAGAGCUUGGAGGUUCUGAUAACAUAAUUGGAUUGACAACUUGUGUCAGGCAUUUAAAUGACGUCAUCAUUGUCAUGCCACAUUUUCACCAUCAGUGGUUUCAGGAUUACGUCUGGGACUUGAGUGCCAGGGAAAUCCAGUUCUAUAUGAGAUCCCUGCUUGGUGCUCUCAACAAAAUCCACCACAGCAACAUCAUCCAUAGGGAUGUCAAGCCUAGCAAUUUUCUCUAUAACAGGACUGAAAAGAGGUUUGCCCUGAUUGAUUUUGGCCUGGCUCAGAAAGUUCAAACGAGACUCCAUCAAAAUAAGACGAAUGAAAAAUCCUCAUCAACCAGAGCAACAUCGUCGUCAUCGUCGUCAUCUUUGCCGGCAACAACAACAACGAUUACGACAUCUGUAUCUGUAAAUAACUUCAACAACAACAAUAAUAAUAUUAAUAAAAAUAAUAAUGAUGAUGAUGGUGCUGAUAGUGAGAAUGAAGAGAAUAGGCCAAUAAUAAAAGAUGAUUUUGUUAAAAAAUUUUCAAAAAGAUUUCACAAAAAUUACUCUUCCCUCAAGUUAGCAUUAUCAUCUUCCCAAUCAGACCAAAAACAGUGCAGAUGCUAUGGGAAGCCGAAUGUCUGUCGCAUCUGCUUAGCUAAGCCUCCUCAGUACGUAGCCAGAGCAGGCACACCAGGGUUUCGGCCCCCUGAGGUUCUCAUGAAGUACCCACAUCAAACUACUGCUGUUGAUACUUGGGCCGCUGGCGUCAUCUUUCUGUCGCUGCUCUGCGGCAAAAAUAAUCUGAUCAAGAGUCCUGACGACAUGACGUCACUGCUGCACAUCACACAAUUGGUGGGAUUUCAAAAGAUGAAGAAUGCCGCCUCUGCUAUUGGUAAAAACUUUCUCUGCUCACCUGAGCAUCCACCUAACGACUUGAAAAGUCUGUGCACUGAAAUUAGGAAAUCUGUCAUUACGGCCAGGCUGAGUCGUCGUAAUCGUCCUGAUGAAGAUGAUGAUGGUGGUGGUGAAAAUAACGACGGUGUUGAUAAUGAUAAUGACGUUAAUAAUAAUAAUAAUAAUAAUAAGAACACUACUACUACUGCUGACAUUAAUAAUAAUAAUAACGAUGGUACUGAUGAUGUUCCCGCAGUGAUCGCUGCGAAUUUUAUAAGCGCUCUCCCCGACUCUACAUUCGAACUGUUGCAAUCCUUGCUAGAUCCCAAUCCUCUAACACGGAUCUCCGCUUCUUCCGCUCUCAACCAUCAGUACUUUAGCUAUUCUUUUGACUGAUUGGUUGAUUGACUAUUUGGUUGGUUGGUUGAUUGAUUGAAAAACUACUCGUUAUUUUUUAUUUUUUUAUAGACUCUUGCGAUUAAAUAAAAAGAUAGAUAGAUAGAUAGAUAGAUAGAUAGAUAGAUAGAUAGAUAGAUAGAUAGAUAGAUAGAUAGAUAGAUAGAUAGAUAGAUAGAUAUCAAUAUUUAAUUUGUACACUUUUUUGAAAUUUUCUUACACUUCAGAAACUGACUUUUUUAUUGAAUAUGAAAAUAUUUUUGAUAUAUUCAUUAUUAUUACUAACUGGUCUGCUAGUCUUAAUAAGCUACGACGUUUUAUAAAUACUUUUUUUCCUGGAUUGUUUUUCAUUUAUUAAAGUACAGAUACACCGGAUGGAUAUACGCCAAAUAAGUACACACAUAUGUAUCUUCAAAAAAAUGUGGUUUCCGUGUUU